AUGGAUCCCUCGGUAUCGCCUUGCGCCCUACAGAACCCUCUUCUUGCCGCUGCCAACGCGAGCUCCAACAACGCCGACGAUGACAAACUGUCGGACUACAUCCCCGACAGCCGCGACCUGUCCAUGUCACGCGCGGCUUCGACGUCUGGUUCAGAUCAGCACCACAUCAACACCCGCCCUCAGACACCUGAACCCGAGGACGAGCUCGCAUCCGACGAGGACAUCGAUGAGGAGGCGAUCGCAGGUGGAUCUCGGAGACAGGAUGAGGCCGCGGCGCGCAAGGCCGCGAAGGCCGAGCGCCAGGCCAACAUUGGUGAAAUCGGGAAGAAGCGCGGUGCGCUUGAGCAGGCCAAGUUGGCCGACUCGAUGAAGCGUUUCAACUACCUUCUCGGUCAGACGGAGCUUUUCCAGCACUUUGUGGACCUGAAGCGUGACCCCGAGUUCGCGGCCAUGCUCGAUGAGCAGCUGGCCGCGUCUGCUUCCAAGGGGAAGAAGAAGGCUGCGACGAGGAUGGCGACGAUGAAGCCUACGUCUUCGAGGAGAGCCCGUCUUGGUGGCAAGAUGAGGGACUACCAGGUCCAGGGCCUGAACUGGAUGGUCUCGCUGCAUCACAACGGUAUCAACGGCAUUCUUGCAGACGAAAUGGGUCUCGGCAAAACCCUUCAGACCAUCUCCUUCCUCGGUUACCUCAAGUUCCAUCGCGGUAUCAAUGGCCCGCAUCUCAUCGUCGUGCCCAAGUCUACCCUCGACAACUGGGCCCGAGAAGUCGAGCGAUGGGUCCCCGGCUUCCGUGUUCUCGUAUUGCAGGGUACCAAGGAGGAGCGUGCUGAGCUCAUCAACUCCAAGAUCCUCACCCAGCAGUUCGAUGUCCUCAUCUCGUCAUACGAGAUGUGUCUUCGUGAAAAGUCGACGCUCCGCAAGUUUUCUUGGGAGUAUAUUAUCAUCGACGAGGCCCACCGCAUCAAGAAUGUCGACUCUCUGCUGUCCCAGAUCAUCCGUACUUUCGCCAGUCGUGGUCGCCUCCUGAUCACGGGAACCCCUCUGCAGAACAACCUGCAGGAGCUUUGGGCUCUGCUGAACUUCAUUCUUCCCGAUGUCUUCUCGUCCAGCGAGGACUUCGACGAGUGGUUCAAGUCGCAGCCCGGUGACGAACCCGACGCGGUUGUCAAGCAGCUUCACAAGGUCCUCCGUCCUUUCCUUCUUCGUCGUGUCAAGGCGGACGUCGAGCACUCUCUUCUUCCGAAGAAGGAGAUUAACCUCUACGUCGGAAUGACGGAGAUGCAGCGCAAGUGGUACCGCAUGCUGCUGGAGAAGGACAUCGACGCUGUCAACGGUGCGGGCGGAAAGAAGGAAGGCAAGACGCGCCUUCUGAACAUCGUCAUGCAGCUGAGGAAGUGCUGCAACCACCCUUACCUGUUCGACGGCGCGGAGCCUGGACCACCCUACACAACCGACGAGCACCUGGUUGACAAUGCCGGAAAGAUGAUCAUUCUCGACAAGCUUCUGAAGUCCAUGAAGGCGAAGGGCUCUCGCGUUCUCAUCUUCUCCCAAAUGAGUCGUGUGCUUGACAUUCUGGAGGACUACUGCCAGUUCCGUGGCCACAAGUACUGUCGCAUUGAUGGUAACACGGCACAUGAGGACCGUAUCAACGCCAUCGACGAGUACAACGCGCCGGACAGUGAGAAGUUCAUCUUCCUGCUCACGACCCGUGCCGGUGGUCUCGGUAUCAACCUCGUCACCGCCGAUAUCGUCGUGCUGUUUGAUUCUGACUGGAACCCCCAGGCCGACUUACAGGCCAUGGACCGUGCCCACCGUAUCGGACAGACCAAGCAGGUCUACGUCUUCCGCUUCAUCACCCAGGAUGCUAUCGAGGAGCGCAUCCUUGAGCGUGCGACUCAAAAGCUGAAGCUCGAUCAACUCGUUAUCCAGGAGGGUCGUGCCCAGCAGGCUCAGAAGCUCGCCAACAACAAGGAGGAGCUGCUCGACAUGAUCCAGCACGGUGCCGAGAAGAUCAUCAACUCUUCGACCAACAUGAUGAUCGACGAUGACAUUGACGAGAUCAUCAAGCGCGGUGAGGACAAGACCAAGGAGCUCAACUCCAAGUACGCUGGCAUGGAUCUCGAUGCUCUCAACAACUUCCGCUCCGAGAGUCUUAUCAAUACCUGGGAGGGCGAGGACUUCGCUGCUAAGCGCCAAAAGAUGAUCUGGAUCGAGCCUGCGAAGCGUGAACGCAAGGGCAACUACUCGAUCGACCAGUACUACCGCGACAACAUGCGUGUCACCGCCCCGAAGAGCGACAAGCCGAAGGUGCCUCGUCCUCCAAAGCAGGUCAACACACACGACUUCCAAUUCUAUCCGCCACGAUUGAUCGAGCUUCAGAACCGCGAGUACGAUGCGCAUCUGAAAGCUCAGAACUACGUUGUGCCUGCGAGGGAGCCCGAGGAGGGAGAGACCGCCGAGCAGGUCGAGACUGAGCGUGCGGAGGAGCAGGAGCGCAUCAACAAUGCCGAGCCUCUCACCGAGGAGGAGGUCGAGGAGAAGGAGUCGCUCGUUGACCAGGGCUUCGGCGAGUGGAAGCGUGCCCAUUACCAGAGCUUCAUCAAGUCGCUUGAGCGUCACGGUCGCGACGCUAUGGACAAGGUCGUCGCCGACAUGGCUCCCGAGAAGGAGGAGGAGGACGUCAGGGCCUACGCCGAUGUUUUCUUCGAACGCUACACGGAGCUGAAGGAUGGAGAGAAGGCCAUGGACCGCAUCAAGGCCGGAGAGGAGAAGCUGCGUGAGCAGGCCGAGAGGAUCGCAGCGCUGCACAAGAAGGUCAAGGCCUACAACGCCCCCAUGCAGGAGCUCAAGCUGCAGUACGGCCAGAACAAGGGCAAGUCCUACUCUGACGAGGAGGACCGCUUCCUUCUCGUCCGUAUGCACCACCACGGCAUCGACCGUGACGACUGCUACGACCUCAUCAAGCGCGACAUUGGCGAGUGGCCCCUGUUCCGUUUCGACUGGUUCUUCAAGUCGCGCACGCCCGAGGAGCUCCGUCGUCGCGGUGCCACUCUGCUCCUUUGUAUUAUGAAGGACAUGAAGGACGACGAGGACAAGAAACCCGCGAAAGGCGGCAAGAAGCGCGUGCUGGACGAUCUCAAGUCGACCAACUCGCGCGACACGACCCCGAGCGCGGCGGGCGACAAGAAGGCGAAGAAGGCGCGCAAGUAG